AUGAUAGCAAGAUCAUUCACAAGACAGAUUCAAUUAAGUGAGCUUGAUGAGUUUAAAAAUUCUGCAUAUGAGAGUGCCAGAAUUUACAAGGAAAAAACAAAGAAGUGGCAUGAUAGCAGGAUCAUUCACAAGGAGUUUGAGCCUGGCCAACAGGUUUUGCUGUAUAACUCUCGCCUAAGGUUGUUUCUAGGUAAGUUAAAAUCAAGAUGGUCUGGUCCGUAUGUGGUGAAAGAGGUUUUUCCUUAUGGUACAAUAGAAAUAUCACCACUUGAUGAAGAUAGACCUUUCAAGGUGAAUGGUUCAAGGUUGAAAUUCUAUCAUGGAGGGCUUGUGUCACAGAACACUGUGGCUCAAUAUCUUAAUUUCGUUGGUACAUAA